AUGAAAGCUGCAGCAAACUUUUUUACUCAAAUACCUUCGUGGGUCUCUCUAAAAUCAACUCCUCCUUCACCUGAAACACAAGAAAAUAAUAACAAAGCCCAAAUUGAGAGUAUCCACUUGAUUUCUCUAUCUAAACAAGGGAAGCUGAAGGAAGCUCGUGAAUUUCUCAAACAAAUGGAGGACGCUGGUAUUUCCGUUAGCCCUCGUUCUUAUCGAUGCUUGUUUGAAGCGUGUAGAAAGUCUAAAUCUUUAUUGGAUGGGAGAUUGAUUCAUGAAUUAGUGCAAAGAACAAUGAAAAGCCCAUCUGUGUUUUUCGAGAAUUCAUUGCUUUGGAUGUUUUGCGAGUGUGGAAGCCUAGUUGAGGCACAUAAGGUGUUUGAUAAAAUGCGCGAGAGGGAUUUGUUUUCUUGGAAUACAAUUAUAUCAGCUUAUGCAGAAAACGGUGUUUUUGAUAAAGCUAUUUGCUUGUUUUCGAAUAUGCUUGAAUUGGAAACAAAACCGAAUGGGUCCACUUGUAUUGGGCUUUUACGGUCUUUGUUAGAUCCUUCCUGUUUAGAGAUUGGUAAACAGAUACAUUCUCAUGCCAUAAGAAGUGGGUUAGGCAGUAAUGCUUCAGUUAACACAGCAAUCAGCAAUAUGUACGUGAAAUGUGGUUGGUUAGAGGGAGCUGAACUUGUUUUUGAGAAAAUGAGUGAAAAGAAUGCAGUAACUUGGACUGGAAUAAUGGUGGGGUACACUCAAGCUGAGAGGCAAAGGGAUGCUUUGGCUUUGUUUGCUAAGAUGGUCAAUCAAGGUGUUGAAAUGGAUGAGUAUGUGUUCUCCAUUGUUCUCAAAGCGUGUGCGGGUUUAAAGGAGUUGAAUUUUGGGAGGCAAAUUCAUUGUCAUAUUGUUAAACUUGGGUUGGAAUCUGAAGUUUCUGUGGGAACUCCUCUUGUGGACUUUUAUGUUAAAUGUUCUAGUUUGGAAUCUGCGUCUAAAGCAUUUGAGUGGAUCAGUGAACCAAAUGAUGUUUCUUGGAGUGCUUUGAUAACUGGUUAUUGCCAAAUGGGUGAAUUCGAGGAAGCUCUUAAAACUUUUGAAUCAUUGAGGAGUAGAAGUGUGGAUAUAAAUUCAUUCACAUAUACAAGCAUUUUCCAAGCAUGCUCUGCACUUGCUGAUUUCAGCAGUGGUGCCCAAGCUCAUGCAGAUGCGAUAAAAAGCUGUCUGGUUGCAUAUCAACAUGGAGAGAGUGCAAUGAUUACCAUGUAUUCAAGAUGUGGCAGAUUAGAUUAUGCCACUCGAGUCUUUGAAUCGUUGGACGAACCUGAUGCAGUGGCUUGGACUGCUAUAAUUGCUGGUUAUGCUUAUCAGGGUAAUGCUCCUGAAGCUCUAAAGCUUUUCAGAAGGAUGCAGGACUGUGGUGUUAGACCAAAUGCAGUUACAUUUAUUGCAGUUCUAACUGCUUGUAGUCAUUCGGGUUUGGUCAUAGAGGGCAGACAGUAUUUGGAAUCGAUGAGUAGCAAGUACGGUGUUGACCCAACUAUCGAUCAUUAUGAUUGUAUGGUUGAUAUAUAUUCCAGAGCUGGUUUUCUGAAGGAAGCACUUGAGCUAAUAAGCAGCAUGCCAUUUUCACCAGAUGCAAUGAGUUGGAAAUGUUUGUUGGGUGGGUGCUGGACCUAUAGGAAUCUUGAGAUUGGGGAACUUGCAGCUGAAAACCUGUUUCAGCUGGACCCAGAGGAUACUGCAGGUUAUAUUCUCAUGUUUAACCUGUAUGCUUCAUUUGGGCAAUGGAAAGAAGCAGCUAAUGUUAGAAAGAUGAUGACAGAAAGAAAUAUGAGGAAGGAGCUUAGCUGCAGCUGGAUUACUGUCAAGGGCAAAGUGCACCGGUUUAUAGUUGGUGAUAAGCACCAUCCUCAGACGGAAGAGAUAUAUGCAAAGUUGGAAGCAUUGAAUAAUUCUGACAUAAAAGAUGAAACUGGCCUUUUAACAGAAGAAGAUGCAUCAAAUAGUUUGCCAGAGAGGAAAGAACAGCUUCUUGUCCAUAGUGAGAGACUUGCAGUAGCAUUUGGGCUCAUAUCUACACCUAGCAGUGUUCCUGUUGUUGUUUUCAAGAACCUUAGGGCUUGCAAGGACUGCCAUGAUUUUGGCAAACAGGUAUCCUUGAUCACAGGACGUGAAAUCGUUGUUAGAGAUUCUUUCAGAUUCCAUCACUUCAAGUUAGGGGAGUGUUCUUGCAAUGACUAUUGGUGA